AUGAAAGUGCCGAAGAGAGGCAGAGAAGACUCCAACGGGAGGCUGAGCAGAGAAGGAGAAGGCGUGCACAAGAGUCGCAAGAGGAGAGAGAUGUUCGACAGUCAAGGAGACGCAGAAAGAGCUAGAAUGCGCAGGGAGCAAGAAAACGCAACUCAAAGAGGUGCCCGCCUGUCUAGGAUUGCCGAGAGAGCACGAACCCGGAGAGAGCUCGAAGAUAACGAGAGUAGGGAGGUACGUCUGGCAGGACUUGCUGAGGCGGCUCGACUUCGGAGAGAACUGGAAGAUGAUGAACAGAGGAGAAGCUCGAAUCCGAAGAGGCUGGAGGAUGAAGAGCAGAGAGAGGUGCGUCUGGCACGAGUUGCUGAAGACACUCGAAUUCGAAGAGAGCUGGAGGAUGAUGAGCAGAGAGAGGUGCGUCUGGCACGACUUGCUGAAGAAGCUCGAAUCCGAAGAGAACUGGAGGAUGAAGAGCAGAGAGGGGCCCGUCUGGCACGACUUGCUGAAGGCGCUCGAAUUCGAAGAGAGCUGGAGGAUGAUGAGCGCAGGGAAGUGCGCUUGGCAGAAGUUGCUGAACGAGCUCGGGUUCGAAGAGAGCUGGAGGGUGAUGAAGACAGAGAAAUGCGCCUGGCAAGUCUAGCUGCAAGAGCUCGAGCCCGAAGGAGCUCAGAGGACGAGGAGCAAAGGGUCAGUAGAUUGACGCAAGAAGCGGAAAGAUCGAGAAUGCGGAGGCAGCUAGAAACUGAAGAAAAUCGAGAGGCCCGCAGGGCGGAAGAUGCUACCAGAGCCAGGGUACGUAGAGAGGGAGAAGAUGAGGAGCUGCGGCAACAACGCAACUUUGCCUCCGCUCAACGGGAGCGCACGCGGAGGAUUCUAGAGACAUCAGCAGAAACUGAGGGAAGACGACGUGUUGAGGCUGGACGUUAUCAUGCCCGCAGAACAGCUAUUUCACUGCGAACACGGAGGAUGGCUAGGAGUAAU